CAUCAAGUUCUUCUCAUUCACAUUUCAAAGCUGCUCCAAACAACAGAUUCAUCCUAGAUUUGUGAAAGACAUUAUGACUUCCCUAUUGGAAUAUAUAUUAUGCGUCUGUAUUAUUUUGAAUACCAUGGCUGUUGCGGAUAUUCCAAGCAAUGAAACAUCAUCUCGUCAGAAGAAACUGCUACCUAUAUUCCAGGUCAUAAGUUUCCAAAACACCAAUUGCAAUGGAUCAAGUUCUACUAGAGUAGGUACUUGCUACACAAGUGACGAAUGCGAAACCAGAGGUGGAUCUUCCUCUGGGACUUGUGCGUCUGGUUAUGGUGUUUGUUGUGUCUUCAAUUUGAAUUGCGGUUCGACUUUUUCCGAGAACUGCACCUACUUGACUCAAGAGGCCACUUCGAUGGUCAGUUCCUCCUGCGUCUACACCAUUUGCAAGUGCUCCUCCGAUAUUUGCCGCAUUAGGUUCGACAUGACCUCCUUCUCCAUCGGCGGUCCUGUCGUUGGAACGACCGAAACAGUCGCUGCUAAUGCCGGCGCCAUUGGAGAUUGCACGACUGAUCAGUUUUCAGUGACAGCCCCUGGUGGUGUGGGAUCACCGGUUAUUUGUGGCUUCAAUUCUGGACAACACAUCAUCGUAGAUGCGAGUGAUCAAUGUCACAAAGCUGCUUUCACUUUGUCAGGCUCAGCAGCGACACGAUCUUGGGACAUCAAAGUUACCCAAUAUACAUGUUCUCAACAAGAAGGAGGACCCGAUGGUUGUCUCCAAUAUUUCACGGGAACAUCUGGAACAAUUUCAAGCUUUAAUUUUCCAACUGCGUCUGCUGCCGUGUCCGCACAGACCACCCAUUUAUCCAAUCAAUGCUACAACAUAUGCAUCAGAAGAGAAUCUGGACGUUGUGCCAUUUGCUACGUGCCUAACUUUGCUGACUCCAUUGCUGGCGCCAUCAUAUCGUCACAGGUUGCCUUUGGAUUAAGCGUAAGCCCGGCUGCAAUCGCAGAGUCUGCCACUGGAGCAGAUUGCACAACAGACUAUUUGUUGAUACCUGGAGCACAAGAUGUAAUCGGACCGGCAAUGCCUCUCGCUCAGGAGGUGGCGAUGAGUGGUCUACAAGGUCGAAUCUGUGGGAGAGUUCUGUCCUCCAUGACUGGUAAAGGAUUGGGAGAUGCCUAUCUCGUCGGUACCCCAGCGAUGCAAAUCUCCGUUUGUUCUCAAGCCACCCCAUUCGUCAUAACUUUCAAAACGGAUGACAACGAGGUUGAAACUGGCGCUGACGCCCUGACGGCUGAGGUCAAGGUAGCACCUGGGGGAAUAAUUGGAUUCAGUCUGGACUAUCAACAGCUUGCAUGCUAAGAUUCCACCACUUCCGUAUUAGAUUUAGGGAGCAGAACUAAAUGAAAUUACAAUGUCAAUGGAAAAAUGAAAUAUAUCAUCAUAUUUUGA